UAAUAAGUAUGUCAAGAGGUGAUUUUGGAUCAGGUCAAGGGUAUCAAUCUGGAUAUGGUGUUGAAUCAGGAGGUUCUUUUGUAGGGUUCAGCAGUAGAAAUGGAGAUAGCGAAUACAUAAGGCUGUCAAAUUGUGUCAGCAAUAACAUCCAACUUCUAACUAGAAAAAUUGCUGCAAUUCAACAGAUGGUGAAUCAGAUUGGAACAUCUCAAGAUGUACCUCAACUUUUUGACAAGCUACAAAACGAACAAAAAGAAUCCAACCGCCUUGUGAAGGAAACGUCAACAUAUUUGAAGCAGCUAAGUCAGUUGCACACUACCAGUCCAACUGAAGUGCGCCAACGAAAGAUUCAACAAGAUAAAUUGCAAGAAAACUUUUCAAAUGUGCUUCAUAAUUUUCAGAAAGUGCAAAGGCUUGCUGCAGAGAAGGAGAGAGCCAGCGUACAACGUGCAAGAGCAAAGUCAAUGGAACGAGGUUUCCAAAAUUAUGAGCAUCGCGACACUAGUCCAAUGAACCACGACAGAGGGCCACAAAUGCAAGUGCAAGCAGAAGCAGAAUUGUCUAUAGAUAUGAUCAGGGAGAGAGAAGAAGCCCUUCGCCGACUUGAGUCCGACAUUGUCGAUGUAAACGAAAUAUUUAAAGAUCUUGCCAUAAUGGUGCACGAGCAAGGUGACGUAAUAGACAGUAUCGAAGCGAAUGUCGAUAGCGCUGCAGUACAUGUCGAAACGGCGAACGUGCAGCUGGAAAAAGCGAAACAUUAUCAGAAGGCAUCUCGAAAAAAGAUGUGUUGUAUUCUGGUCAUUCUAUUAGUUGUAGGCAUUAUUUUAGGUAUUGUAAUAUGGCAGACAACUAAAUGAUUUAUUUGUGUAAAUGGACCUGUUUUUCUCAUGUAUUGUUACGAAAGGAUUUAUCUUGAGACUCAACGCAAUACCUUGCUUUAUAACAUUUUCGCGCUGAGCUGUUGUACAAACCCAAUUGGUUCCGCAAAAUUACUAAUUUUUUCGAAAUCAUAAAAUUAACUGUUAUACAUAUAUAUAUUUUCAGUGUUGGUUGGUGUAAAUUAAGCGCCAAUCAGUCAUGCAAAACGAUCCAUUAUUACAAAAACAAAAGUUGAAAUUUUAUUAAUCUUAAUUUUGAAAAAUGUGCUAUAUAUUGAGCUGUAAAUAUAGCUUUUUGUUACCUGUAAGGAGUGCGCGAGAGUUUAAUGUGCUUAACUGGGUGCGCGGAAAUUACAGACGCAAAUUUUGACAGAGUGUCUUGUUGGCCCUAAAAUGUUAAGUUUAUUCAAUAUAAAUCCUGAAAAUUAACAAUAUUACUAAGUAAAUUGUCCUGAAUGAUCCUGAGUUUGAUCUCGCAAAAUCGCCAGACACUCUGUUUAAACUCGCGCGAAAUUUUUAUAAGUUAUAAAGGUCUACUUUAACUAACACAGCAUUUAGUAAAUUGAAAUUCUCAAGAAACCUGGUCAUUUUACUUUAUUUCUUGAAAUAAAAGUUGCUAUGUAAAAACAAGGAAGAAUUUUAUUUAAGAUUUAUGUUAAACUUAACUAAUCAGGCAUUUUACCACUUUGAACUGCUAAGAAUCGCGUAAAAAGCCCAAUCAUUACACUUAACGAUGUUUUUUCCCAGAAUGUUUUCAUGUAGCCAUCUAUUUUUACAACUUUCACAAUCCAGACAUAACAAUUAUUUACUGCAUACAAUUCUUAUUAUUCUUUACCUGUUGUGAUUUCGGGUUAAUGUUAUUAUUAUAGUUGUGCAAUUUGUUAAUUUUUCUACACUAUAUAUUUUUUUAAAUUUGUUAAUACACUUCUUUUGUGUAAUUUUAUGAUCAAUAAAAAAUUAUAGUUUA